AUGCACCAGCCAGGCCUUAGAAGCGUGACCCUCACUGUCAGAAUCCACCAUGAUAUCAUGGCACAGCCAGCGUCUGGUACGCACCACUGUUCCGAUACACACACGGGCAAAUAA